AUGGCAGUCGAGGCUCGGCCGGAGCUGGUCGGGAAGCGGUUCCUCUGUGUCAGCGGGGACAAGCCGCCUGAAAUCGGCGACAUCGGUCGGUGGCCGUGGAGGUCCGGGGUCAUACGAGCCGUCAACCACCGUGACAGCGACAAUCCCGACCUGACGGUAUAUGUGGAGUUUGAUGAUCAGGAGUGGGAGAAGAGAGAGUGGGUCAAGGUCUAUGAGGAUUUCCAGCUGUUUCUACUGGAGCACCAGCUGGUCUGGGCCAAGAGGAAGGAGGGAGCAGGAGGAGGAGCAGGAGCAGGUGGAGGAGCAGGAGGCCUGCUGCAGGCAACCAAGGCCAAACACAUACAGUGGCCUGCCCUGGCGUUUAAGCCAGUGGUGGGGAAGAGCCUGUUGUCGUCAGUAACAGCAGUGGAAUUCUUGUUAGACCAACAGCUGGACUUCCUUUCGGACCAUUCAACCUUCCAGCCAUACCAGGAUGAGGUGGACAGUCAGAACCCAGUGUUAAGAGACAACCCUCAGCUCCAUGAAGAAGUGAAGGGCUGGCUGAAAGACCAGAAGGUGCAGGAAAUUUUCAUGCAAGGUCCCUAUUCGUUGAAUGGCUACCGUGUACGUGUGUAUAGACAAGACUCGGCCACCCAGUGGUUCACUGGCAUCAUUACACACCACGACCUCUUCAGUCGAAACAUGGUCGUUAUGAAUGACCAGGUGCUAGAGCCUCAGAAUGUGGAUCCAUCCAUGGUCCAGAUGACCUUUCUGGAUGAUGUGGUCCACUCCCUUCUGAAAGGAGAAAACAUCGGCAUCACCUCCAGACGAAGGUCACGAUCCAGCCAGAACAAUAACACUGCCCACAUGGCAGGAGGGAGACCCGGCGGGACCACUGGCAACAAUCAGAGUCAUUACACGCGAGCCCAAGCCAACAGCCCCCGCCCCAUCAUGACUUCAUCAGGCCCCAACCCAAAAGGUUCCCAGGGGACGCUGGCCUCCCAGCAGCACAGCCAAUUGCAGCAAAGCCAGCAACCAGCCAGCCAAUCACACCACUCACCCAGCAGCAGUGGACGGGAGCAGAGAGAACAGCGCAACUCUCGCUCAUCCAGGAGGAAAGGAUCAGACAGCAGCGUUCCAGAGGAAGACAAGGACAGGAGAGAGGAGAGCACAGGGAGAGACUCCAAGUCCAAGGUGAAGCAGGCGGUGAACAAACGUAGAAAGGGUGAGGAAGAUGAGAAGAAGGCAGGAUUAAAGAGGCUGAAGACUGACAUGACGUCUGAUCUGUCAGAGAGCAGUGACUCAGAAAACCCACACAACAAGAGGACUGCCCACUCCUCCUGCUCCUCUUCCUCCUCAUCGUCUUCGUCAUCCUCCUCCUCGUCCUCUUCCUCCUCCUCAGAGCCCAACUCUGAGAAUGAACUUAAGACUCGCACCAGUGAUGUAAAACCAAGUGGGGUUUCCAAAAUGGAGGAAGACGAGAAGCCGCUAAUACAGGGUGCCAAAAUGAACAGUUCCUCAUCUCUCAUUGGUCGGCUGUCCCCAUGGGUGGAGCUUCAAGCAGCAGAGGAGAGCAAGAAGGGUGUGGUUAAGGAAACGGGCAAAAUGAUAAUGAAGGAGGUAGAGGAAUUGGUCGCAGUAACACAGAUCACCCAGUCUCCACGGCAACAGUCUCUGAUUCCUGACACCAUCCAGGGCAGCAUUAUGGAGAGCAGCAAGAACACUGUGAAAGCAUCUUCUCGAUCCCAGACCCCGCUGUCGUCCCACCUCCAUGGCAGUGGUGUGAUCGACAUCACAGAUGACGCCCAGGCCACAGUGCACCGCGAGAGUUCAGAGGCAGUGUCAGCGCUGCUCGCCUCCCAGAAGGCUGAGUCCACUGCCCUCUCACCUUAUCUUCCCCUCAACCCCUCCCCCGUCUCCUCACCUCCCAUUCCACCCUCUCCCUCACCAUCAGAGGGAGGCCGCAGGACAGAUAUUGAACCUCCCAUGCAUCAGCAGCAGCAGCAAGGCAUAAUAGGAGUUGGUGUGACAGCAGCCAGGAGCUCAGGCAGCAAGAUUGAGUUUGCUCCCUCUGAGGUCAUCAGGCCUGUCGCAUCAAUGGCUGAUAACGUCGUGCUGGUGGAGAAGGAGAAAACCGUCCUUCCUCAUCAUCAUCUUCAUCAUCAUCAACAGCAGCAGCAUCAUCAGCCACACACACAACAACAGCAACACUACACAUCUAUCCACCCCGGCAUUAAGAGCCCGUCUUUAUCUGAAGAGACGAGAAAACAUCCACAACAACAACUGCCCCCCCAUAAGAUGAACACAGUCCUCCCACCUGACUUAGCCAAAUCCAAAAUGAGCCCCAGCCCAAACCCCAGCCAACCUCAGCUCGACUCCCUGAAACAGAAACCCCAGCACCCCAACAACUCUCAGAGCCACCCCUACCCCAACACACACCCAAAUGAAUUUCUCAAAGUUAAGUCCCAGCCAGGCCUGCUGGACAUCUCCAAACCCAAACCCAACACCUCCCCGGAGGUCUCUAAACAUAAAAUACCAAGGUACUCUGAUACCUCGCCCCCUCCGACAGGCCGUUUGUCUGCUAAAGUAGAAACAGUAGAAUCUGUGCGGUCUGGUUUUAAGCCGGUGCCGGCGCGGCCUGAGUCAGUUGGAGGCGGUGCAAGCGGCAGCACCAAGAGCCCCCUGAUAAUCGAUAAGAACGAAACCUUCACUGUUUACAGGGACCCAGCACUGGUCCGCUCCGACACAGAGAACUCUGCUGCAGCCACCGUCUCUUCCAACCACGUGGCAGCCUAUCUCCACCCCCACCUGCACACCCUGCACUCCCCGUCCCCCCACUCCCCCUGCCUCACCCCUGCAUCCCACCCCCACGCCACUUCCCACCUCCUCGCCGCUCCUCACGCCUCUGCCCUACCUCAUCCGCACCUUUUACCCCCUGGGGUGCUCCCAGCUAUGCCUCCUCCCACAGCAUCUCUCCUUGGGGGACACCCUCGGCUUGACUCCCCUGGCGGGUUGGGCCACCUCGGCCUACCUCACCCAGCAGCCGCACACCAGCAGCAGUUUCUACAGGGUCAGGGCCCCCCUCCACCCCCUCUACUAACCCAGGCUCACAGCGGGGCAGCAGGGCUGGGCCUGUACCCAAUUCUCUGGCAGUACCCCAAUGGAACACCAACCUCCUACCCCCCAGGACUCAACCUUCCCCCCACAGCUAAGUGGGUCCACCCUGAAAAUCCUGUCACCGUGAAUUCUGAGGCAUCUCUCAGGAGGAACACAGCCAGUCCAUGGCUGCACCAGGCUGCUGGGAACGCUGGUGAGGGUCUGGGUUUGCUGAGCCACGUCCCUGUUCGGCCAGCAAGCGCCGACGCCCACCGCCCCCCUGUCAAGAUCAACACACACACAAGCCCUCCACUGUCAAAGACCAGCAUGGAUGUUCAUAAAGACAGAGAUGUGGAUAAGAAAGGCUUUGUGGACACGAUCAGGACUCUGACGUUGGCCCAGCUGAAACAGGAGCAGACGGACAGGAGUCGCACCCCCACAGGGAAGGACGUCCACUUACACCGUCUCUACCUGGACCCCCUCACCAAGGCUCGCCUGGCAAACACACAGGAUGCAGUUCAGGCGGCAGAUCGAGCCAGUAAAUACAAAGAAGAGAAUCGUCAAAUCCUGAAAGAGAGCAUCGAGGUCGCUCCCUUCACCGCGAAGAUCCAACGCUCCAGUGACCCCGGGAUGGACCGAGACAGAGAGCGAAGCAGGGACUCUGCCUUCCCUGUCCGGAUACCAGCUCUCACCUCCCCCAGCCCCAAGGCCAGCCACACCCAUCCCCAUGUCAUCCAAUCAGAAAAGAGCAACUACUUCACCACACUGUCCAACAGUGUAGUGAAUGAGCCUCCAAGACUGUACUCCUCCAAGGAGCUCAGCUCUUAUUAUGAGAAAGCAUCCGUUGGAGCUCCAGGGGUUGUAGCCAGUAUUGGGGCCGCUGUGCCAAACCAGGGAGCUCUGUCCCUGGGCAGCCACAGCUCCAAAACCUCCCUCUCCAAGCCCCCUCCUCUCAUCAAGCACCAGCCAGAGGGAGGAGAGGGUUUAGCAGGGAAAAUCACUGAGCAGCUCAACCAGCAGGUAACACUAGUCCAACAGCAGCAUCAGCACCACACAGGUAUUGACAGGAUAGAACGCCGCAGCCCUGCCAUUUCUCCUUCCUCUUCUACGUCCUCCUCUUCCUCUUCAGCCCCCAACCACCAUCAUCAUCACCACCAUCACCACCAACAGCAGCAGCAACACCAGCUCAGGGCAAUGCCAUCGCUCCACCGAGCGCCUGUCUUCCAUCCCCCCACGCAGCACGCGCUGGAACGGAAAGAGGCUGCAGAGCGAGAGAGGGAGCGAGAGAAGGAAAGGGAGAAAGAAAGGGAGAGAGCAGGUUAUGGUGGACGCCUGUCUCCACCUACCCUCACACCCAUCCAGCCAGUUAGCUUAGCGGCAACUGGUAGCAAAACAUCAGCAGAACAGCAGAAACCUCCCACACUGCUGCCGGAACUCAGGGACGUCAAAGGUCAUGGAAAUGCUCUCGCCAUCACCUCUGUGGCCUCUGCCAUCAGUGGGGAGAUUAUGACUUCAUCAACAGACAGGUGGAGAGGUGGAGAGAUAAUUCAGGAUAGAGGAGUAGUGUACUCUGGAGAGAAAGGAGUGUCGAGGAGCAAGCCCCAAGCCGCAAUGGCAUCAGUCAUUGUACGUCCAUCGACUGCCAUUAAGUACGACAGUUCUGUUGGUGCUAACAAAUCUGGUGCUAUGAUCCAUCAGGAUCUUCCCCAGGGGAGGUUUUACCCAUCCAAGCUUCAGGGGGAAUGUCCCCGGUUAGGCGAGAGUGUUAGAGACCUUGGAGCUGGUAGGAUUAUCCAACCCAACUCGAACAUGGAUGACAUGUGUGUCCAGUAUAAAAAGACUUCUGUGUGUGGCCUGCAGGGAACUGUGGGAGCUAGUACCACAAACUCUGUGUGCAGGACUGUCGUUUCAGCCUCCUCAGCUUUUGGCAUACAGAGUAAAUGUGGGACAGCCUCCCGUGAGCUGGGUUACUCAGUUUCCGCUCGCAGUGAGAUUGCAGCUCAUAAAACUGGCAUUGGUGGCUGGGUGCUGGGUCACUCAGGACCAGGAGAGCACCCGGAGGGCUUUGGCUCACGUACCACAUCUCCUGGGGGAUCACUGCCUCCCCCUAGUCCAGCAGGGACACCCCAACCAAGUCCAUGCCUAACCCCAACACCUAGCUCCAUUUCUGGCUCCACUCAGCCUUUCUCCACCUCCUUUGUCCAUCUCAAGAAGCACAAAGCUGCUUUGGCUGCAGCUCAGUCCAGAAGCAACUUCUGCACAGCUCCCACAUCCAUCACAACUGGAAACUCCUGCUUGUCUGUGGAUUCAGUCGACAAAGCUCCCAUUCACAGCUCCCCACCUCCACCCUCCUCUAGCCAAGCCUCCUCCUCGUCAUCAGUUGACAGCAGUAGCAGCAGCUCUGCAAGCGGGAGCACAACACCAGGCAAGUCCAGUCCCCUGCCUAACGGCCAGUCCUCAGGAUCAGCCUCAACAAGCAGCGGGCAGCCCAGUAACUACCACAAGCUGAAGAAAGCCUGGUUAACCCGCCACUCAGAGGAGGACAGGAACACAACUGCUACAACAAGUUCCACCUGUACGAAACCAGAGAAGCUGCCCAGCACUACCACCAGCACCAGUAACACUAGUAACACCACUGCCAUGUCAGAAAUGAUCAAACCAUGUACAGUCAAUCUCAGCGCCUCCACCUCCAGUGAAGUGGAAAUGAGCAAGGACAGUGGAAGCAAAGGUGAGAGAGAGAGACAGUCAGAGGAGAAGAUGGGGGGAACAGCAGGAGGUGGGGAGGAAAGGAAAGCAGCUCCUUCAUCAAGGCGAGGGAACAAACGGUUAUAUGAGUCUGCCUCAGAUAGCGGAGGAGAUGACUCAGACGCCAGUGAGAGCAAGAUGGAGGGGCGGGCCAAACGCCAGCCUAAACCAACCUACAAGAAGAAACAGAAUGACAUGGCCAAGAAGAAAGGAGACAAUGAAAAGGAGGAAGAUGACGGGAAGCCCAACGGCAUCUUCAGAUCAGCCCGAGAGAAGACCAAGCUGAAACUGGCCAGCAGCAACGGGAUCCCCCGCUCAGUGCUGAAGGACUGGAGGAAGGUGAAGAAGCUGAAGCAGACAGGGGAGUCUUUCCUGCAGGAUGACUCGUGUUCAGAAAUUGGCCCCAACUUGCAGAAGUGCCGUGAGUGCAGGGUGAUCCGCAGCAAGAAGGGAGAGGAGCAGGCACAUUCUCCUGUCUUCUGUCGCUUCUACUAUUUCAGACGGCUUUCCUAUAGUAAAAAUGGAGUCAUUAGGAUGGAUGGCUUCUCCACUCCAGACCAGUUUGAUGAUGAGGCCCUGGCCCUAUGGGCCCCUGGGGCAAUGGACGAGAGCCACCUGGACCAAACCACCGCCAAAUACAUCCUCAGCUUCAUAGGAGACAAGUUCUGUCAGAUGGUUGUGACUGAGAAUACUGCAGCUACCUGGGUCAAGAAGGAUGCUAAGCUGGCGUGGAAGCGAGCGGUGAGAGGGGUGAGAGAGAUGUGUGACGCUUGUGAGGCAACACUCUUCAAUAUCCACUGGGUCUGUCAGAAAUGUGGCUUUGUGGUCUGCUUGGACUGCUACAAGGCCAAGGAGAGGAGGAGCUCCAAAGAUAAAGAACUGUACAGCUGGCUGAAGUGUGUGAAAGGCCAACCCCACGAUCACAAACACCUGAUGCCAACACAGAUCAUACCUGGCACAGUCCUGACAGAUUUGGUGACUUCCAUGCACUCGCUGAGAGACAAACACAACAUCAAAUCCCACUGUCCCUGCACCAACAAACACAACAUCCUCACCAAACUACCAGCCACCAAUGGAGUCUCACAGGUUCUGCAGAACGUCCUGAACCAUAGUAACAAACUGUCUCUGGUAAAAGCUGAGCCGGGCUCUCAGCAGAACUCUGAUCCAGGAGCAACCAAGGCAGAGACUAACGGAGGAGGUGUUGGAGGAAGCAGCCCAGGCAGCGACGGAGGAAGUGCUCCUGUCACCCCACCAGAGUCUCAGUCACCUCUGCACUUCCUGGCUGACCUGGCAGAGCAGAAGUCCAGGGAGGAAAAGAAAGAAAACAAGGAGUCAGUGUUGCUGGGUAAAUCACUGAAGGAAGACAAGGAGGGAGAAAGCCUGGAGGUGUUGCAGCAGUGUAAAACCACCUCAGUGGUAGCUAACAGCACAGAACAGGGCUCCACACUCAGAGAUCUGCUCACCACCACCGCAGGGAAACUGAAGCUGGGCUCUACUGAUGCAGGAAUCGCCUUUGCACCAGUCUACUCUACUGCUUCACAGACUGGAAAGGGUGGGCGGACCAUGCCCAAUAUCCUCGAUGAUAUCAUUGCUUCAGUAGUUGAGAAUAAAAUCCCCGCCAGCCGCCAGAACAUCACCACCAAGCUGUCAAUCAAGCAAGAGCCGGUCCCUGCAGGCGCUAACAACAACAACAACGCCGUUAAUGAGGAUACCAAACCAGACAGGAAGAAGUCAGUGCCUGUUACUGCAGCUGUGCCAGAGGAAUCAACCAGUCAGUACCCAGACAUUCCCCACUGCUGGUUAAACAACAGACGGUUACUGUGGCUCAAAGAUCACCGCAACCAGAACAACUGGAAGCUAUUCAGAGACUGCUGGAAACAAGGACAGCCUGUUCUGGUGUCAGGGAUCCACAAGCGACUGAACGCCAGUCUGUGGAAGGCGGACUCCUUCAACCAGGAGUUUGCAGACCAUCAAGGAGACCUUCUCAACUGUAAAGACCAGGUGGUGUCCAACUCCGGCAUCAAGGAGUUCUGGGAUGGAUUUGAGGACAUCACCAAGCGGCCCAAGUCCAAGGAUGGAGAACCUAUGGUCUACAGACUGAAGGACUGGCCGUCUGGAGAGGAGUUCAUGGCCCUCAUGCCCUCAAGAUACGAUGACUUGAUGAAGAACCUGCCCCUGCCAGAGUACUCUGAUCCAGAGGGGAACCUCAACCUGGCGUCCCACCUGCCAUCUUUCUUUGUCAGGCCAGAUCUGGGGCCGAGACUCUGCUGUGCCUACGGUGUAGCUGCGUCUCAGGACCAGGACUUUGGGACUGCCAACCUUCAUGUGGAAGUGUCGGAUGUCGUGUCUGUGCUGGUUUAUGUUGGAGUAGCCAAAGGCAACGGAGUCCUGUCCAAAACUGGAGUGUUGAAGCGUCUGGAGGAGGAGGAUCUAGAUGAGGGAGUCCGGAGGAGGCUCAAAGACUCCAGUGAGACACCGGGGGCGCUGUGGCACAUCUACCUCAACAGGGACAUGGACAAAGUCCGAGAGUUCCUGCACAAGCUCUGUAAGGAGCAGGGAUUGGAAGUGUCGCUGGACCAGGACCCAAUCAGAGAGCAGGGCUGGUAUCUGAGCAGGAAGCAGCGUCAGCGGCUGCUAGAUGAGCACGGAGUUCAGGGCUGGACUGUAGUUCAAUUCCUGGGAGACUCUGUCCUUAUACCUGCAGGGGCUAUGCACCAGGUCCAGAACCUCCACAGCUGUGUUCAGGUCAUCAAUGACUUUGUGUCCCCUGAGCAUGUGGCCAACUCCUUCCAUCUGACCCAGGAGCUCCGGCCCAGUAAAGAGGAGGUCAACUAUGAGGAUAAACUACAGGUAAAGAACAUCCUGUACCACUGUGUGAAGGAGGCAGUGAGCUCCCUGAAGAGGAGCAGCUCUGAGGAGGACGAUGAGGAGGAGAACUCAUGACACCACCUCAUCCACACCUUCCAGAGAGGGACACAACUCCCAUCAGCACCUCCCCUUACCACACCCUCCACUUCACAAGGAGGAUUGUGUAAUAUGACCGCAAGAGGUGGUUGGAUCAUAGCUGGUCAUGUGACCUAGGGGGCCUCACGGUGUGAGCUCCACCUGCAUCACAAAUCCAGUUGGCCAGUGAGAGGCACGCCCACCUCCAUCAUCACCCCAAACCUUCAGUGCCAAGAGGAGACAAACACAAGACCAGACGGUCUCUGGACCGACAGGGAUCAAACCUCCCCUGCCACCUCAGUGUUUCAUAGACUCAGAACACAGCAAGGACACAGAGGAGCCUUACUGAAGCCACUACAAACCUCCACUGAAACACAACUGAACUCUUCAGUGUGACUGAUGGUGCAUCCUCUCAGAUCCAGUUUCCAUGGAGACUCAGACUGUCCUGUAAGCAGCAGUGCACAGGUCUGAUGGCAGCAGCAGUGAUGAUGGAGACUUAGAGACACACUGAGCCCCCUGCUGCUCUCUCACUGUAAUCUGCUGUGGAUUAUAAAGGCCAGGAGGUUUAAUCCCUGUCUGUAGCAGCAGCCCACAUAACGUCUUGGACAAAAGAUUUCGCUGAUCACGACAGCAUCACCAGCAGCAAGCAGCAUCAGGAUCAAAACUGUCAUCUCUGAUGCUUAAAAAAAGAAAAAAAAGGAUUUGAGGGGGAAAAAUGCAAAACAGAGAUCUCAGAUGUUUCAGUCAGCAGUCUGCUGCUCCCUUGUGUUGUUCCUUCUGUAAUUUGUCUGUUCUUGUCCUUUUUUUUCUAGUUCUGACUGUCUGUCUGUUGCUGUUUGUUCUUAAUUUUCUUUUUCAUACGAACCUUGUUUUAUUUCCUCUGUGAAGAUGUAUUUAUUUUAUAGCUCUGUCAUAAUGCGGUGUUAUUGAGACAAAAAAAGCAUUCAUGUAAAUGUGACUUGUACAGUUUCUUUUUUUUUCUUUUGCUAUGUGGUUUUCAGUUGUGAUACGGCUCUACUGUGAUGGAGGACACACACACACGCACGCACGCACGCACACACACACACAUACACACACACACACACACACACACACAAACACACACACACACACGCCAACCAGCUAAUGCCUGUAACUUUGGGAAAUGUUGAUGCUCUACAGUCCUCAUGCCAUAAAUACAAUUUUUGAAAAUGAACUGCCAAACUAUUGUAAAGACUGUAAAGUUGUAUUAUGUAAAGAAAAAACAAAAUGGCUUAUACACACAGCAUUUUAUGAAAAAGUAUUCUCUGUAAAAUGGAGACAUUUACAAAAAAGAUGUAAUUUAUUUAAGAAAAUAAUUGUCUUGUUUUUUGUUUUGUUAAGAUUUACUAUGGUGAACCUUUGAAGUUAAAAGAUAAAAUAAUGAAAAACUUAACUGUAAUGUGUAAAUAUAUACUUUCACUGAGGUAUUUUUUUAAAACAUGGCUUGCUUCAAUUUCAAAUUUUAAAGUGCAAGUGUUACAUGCUUUGUACAUUGAAGUUCAAAAGGGUUUUACAUUUUCCAUUAAAAUGGAUUUAUCAAACGUUUGGUGUUGUGUUUUUGAUGCUGAGGCUCAGGUAGCGUUCACUCUCCUGGA